UCCUAUAUCUAUUAGGCGUCAAGCUUUGCCGUUAGUAUUUAGAGCAAACACAGUGUGAUUAGUGAUCAGCUGCAAGGACGGAGUUGCUAUGAAUGCGGUUAAGAAAUUGAAAAAAGAAAUGGAAUCUAGUUUCUAUGUUGCGUGAAGAAGUGUUCCGGUUGCUAUGGCAACGGAUGUCAACAAACCCAUCGUAUACGUCCUCGGUGUCUCGCAUACGCAUAUAUUACGCUCUCGCGUUUACGAGAUUAAUUAAUAAUAAUAAUAACCGUUUUAGAAAACAAUGAUGGGAAUUGGAAUCGAUCGGUUUCGAGGAACUGAAGACGGGAAUUAAUAAGUGGGCGGGAAUCGUUCAAUUUAUGGUUCAAACUGGCACCAGGUGUUACUAGACCGCACUCGGGACGUUACUCUAUAUACUUAUGUCGCUCAAGUGAUAUAUAUACUUGAAGAGCGAUGCCCUUCGAAUAUCAGUCUCUCUAUUUACGUCGGCGACGAAUCUGACCACCUUCCUCCUCCGGCGGACCAAAAAAUGUCGAUCUCUAGCGACGACAGCUUCUUCGGCGACGAAUCGGAGAAGGCGGACUCCUCCGACGGGAGGAAAAACGAGAAAGAUGAUGACGACGGUGGUGACGUCCAGGGCAUCGAUGGUGAGGAGGAGGAGGAGGAGGAGGCCGGAGGGGAGGGAAGAAGGAACUCCGAUAAUGAUGAUGGUGGUGAGGAGAGAGAUAGAGAGGGAGAGGAGGAAAACGUCAUCGUCGAAGAAGAAGAAGAAGAAGAAGUGUACGAAGAGGAGGUAUUUGACGAAGGCAGUGAAGAAGAAGAAGAAGAAGAGGGGAAGAAAGAUAAUGUUGACGAGUUGAAGGAAGACGAGAGAGAUGAUGAUAAAAGCGAUAACAAAAGUGAGACCGAAGAAGAUAAAGAAGACAAAAGCGACGACGAAAGCGAAGAAAACCGUAGCGAAAUGGGGGAGGAGGAGGAGGCCGAAGGCGACGAUGACGAGAAAGGAAGCGAAAACGCGGGAGAACUGGAAGAAGGCGCGAACGAAGAAGAAGAGGAGGAGCUGGAGAACCUCUUCUUCGCCAACCAUUCCCCGACUUCGAGUUCGACCUCCUCGCCGUCGAAGCAGCGUCGAGGGGGAGGAGGAAGACCCUCAUCCUCGGGCGGGAAUAACCAGAUGAAGGUUCUCAUCACCACCACCGCCGCCGCCGCUAACAGACAGCGGGAGGAGCACUCGACGUCGCCUUGUUCCUCCGAAGAUUCUCGCAAGGCCGUCGCUUUUGAUACACCUGACAACAGCAGAGCUUCCAGUACCACCCACUUCAACCUUCACCCGGGGAGCCAUCCCACUUCACCAUCCAAAUACCCGCCGCCUCCCUUGCUGGUCACCAAAAGCCCCGUGCACAGCAGACCUGCCUCAGCCAGGAGGUCGGGAGGCAACUCACCCAGGUCAUCUUGUGGUGAAAUAAGUGACAGAGGCCCAUCAGUGCGAGAUGCACUGGAAACAGGGGCCUCAAAGAUCCCUGGGGAGGGAGCGCCCUUGCCUUCAGGAAAUGCAGGAGAGGCGGGGGGCAGUCGGGGACUCUCUAAUACGAACAAUGGAAUCAACAGGGUUCUGAGCAAGAAAGAACAGUCUUCCAGAGGUGACCUCACGUCCCUGAAGCCACGUCCCAAGUCAGCCAUCACCCAGCCGAAGAUCAUGGGGAGGGGUCCUUCGGUGGCCGGGAGUCGAAUACAACUCCCACGUCACAGGCCCCUCGGGGACUACUCUCGCAGUCUCCAGAUGUUGGGCGUCAAGGUCCCGCCACCAGCUCCGAAGACACCCAAGACACCGAGGUCUUCGUCCUCGCAGUCGUGGCAGAGCGAGGGGAAGCUCCACACCCGUGUGACCAAGAGGUCGACCUCGCUGGAAGAUGUGACCUUAGCCAUACCCCAGGUCAAGGAGCCCGAGACUUUGAGGGACCUCCAAGUGGACGAAGCCCAGAGGGCCACGCUGAGCCAGGCCAUCUACGAGGAGUGGUACUUCCGGAGGUGCAAACAGAUCCGCUCACGCAGGACCAAAGACAAACGGAAGGUUAUAGAGGAGCAGCGCGAAAAGGAGGCGAUCCAGCAGGAGAAGGAGGGCAAGGUGAGCGUGGCCGUGGCCGAGUGGAAGGAGAAGAAGACGGAGCAGCGGAAGAAGGAGAAGUCGAGGAAGCAGGAGGAGGAGUCGAAGAAGCAGGACGAGGCGAAGGCGAAGGACGAGCAGCAGAUGAAGGUGACGGCGGCCGUCAUCGCCUGGGAGACGGAGAAGAUCGAGCUGGCCAAGAAGAGGCGGGAGCGGAGGCGCCAGGAGAUGGACGUCCUCAGGAACAAGGAGCUCGAGAAGCUGCACAAGAAGGAGGAGGCCCAGAUGAUUUUCCUGUCGUGGAAGGAGCAGAAGAUCCACGAAGAGAAAGAGAAGCGGAGGAGAAUGAGGGAGGAAGAGGAGGAGCGCAGGAGGAGAGAGGAGGAGGACCUUCGGGAGAAGAGGGAGGUUGCCGAUCUCGCCUACAGCCACUGGAGGAGGAGGAAGCUGCAGGAAGAGGGAGAGAAACUCCAGAAAGUCUACGUCAAAUCGGAGAUGGUGGCUGCCGAGGAGUCCAGGAGGCGCCUCCACAGGUCCUCGGAAGCCCUCAACGCCUACGAGAACUGGCUGGACGGCAUCGAGGAGCGCGAGGUGGUCAGGAAUUACUCGAACACUCGAGCGGCCGUCCUGCAGACGAACCGACCUCCCUGGUGGCCGGGUGGGACCCACAACUCUCUUAUGGGCUCCUGUUGAGACGUUCCUCCCGGGGAAGAGAGAGAGAGGAGGGAUGUGAGAAAGAGAGAGAGAGAGAGGGAGAGAUAGCGAGAAAGAGAAAGGCGUGAGUGAGUCUGUAAGGGGCGGGGUAGUACUACUACUACUGGGAAAGAAACGAAAAAAGGACCAUGAGUGUGUGUGUGAGAAAGCUCCUCUUCAUCAGACGGAAUGUGAGCCACGGAAUUGCUAUCUAUAUGUUUAAAAUCAUUCGUGAAGUGGAAGACUGGCUCUAUUUAGAGUUUUAUACAAACUGGUUGUUUCUGGCGUUUAAUAGGAAGAGAGAGAGAGAGAGAGAGAGAGAGAGAGAGAGAGAGAGAGAGAGAGAGAGAGAGGAAGGAGAAUACUUACUGGUUCGUGGAAAACGUACGCCUAAAUCUGUCAUUAACAUUUUAUUAAACUUCGAUAACAGCCAACCACAGCACCACAUAUUAUCACAAGAAAUGUAUGAAUGAACCGGAUUGCACAGUAGAGAACAACUGUUGACCCAUUAGGAAUACUAUUAAAUUGGGUUUACCACAGCAAUCUUGGUCUGCAGUAUCUCUGCAACCAUUAAUGUCUGGGCUGUUCUCAGGAUAAGUGACGUCUGGUGCUACUAUUUAGCUAACACUAGAUGCAGACAGACACUCAAAAUUAGUUUACAAGGGUUAGCAGUGUGCUGGAAGAGUAAGUCUUCCAUUAACCCUUUGAGUACUGAUGCCAUGUAGUUAAUCAUUCGCUCAACUGCUGAGGUUCUGGCAAUAUUAUCUGCAGAUGCCCUGCAGCGGAGUAGUGCCGUCAGUGUGGCGUACUGUAGGCGUUACUUAAGGUUCUUUGUAGCAUCCUUUAUAGACCCUAGCUGCCUUUACCCCUUUCAUUUCGUUUACUGCACCUCCAUUCAUAUUCAUUUUCUUCCAUCUUACUUUCCUCAACACUCCUGACAACUGAUUCAUAAUGUAACUGCUCUGAGGUUUUCCUCCUGUUACACCUUUCAAACCUUCAUAUUCUCUAUUACCGUUUUUAGCUCUGAAUGACCUCAUAGGUCCCAGUGCCGGGCCUUUGUAAUAAAUCUUAUAUUCCAGUUCCAAUUCUGCAUACGUCAUCUUCUAUAUGAUUUACACUUUGGUAUACUUUGUAAGGGAUUAUCCCUACAAGGUGCCUUGCUUUUAUUUUCCUUGCAUUCAGAAAAUCCACGGUAACUCCAAUUUUCUGCUCAGUUUCUCCAGUACAGGCUCUGUGACUGCCUGUCGCACUGCUCUAUGCCCAGCAAACUUACCCUACCACUCACUUCUCGAAGUAAAGAUAUUCUACUUGUAAUUUUGCCCAACACAGAACCAGUAACCGUCAUCACUGCCUAACUAACUGUGGUUGACACAACCCUACGUUUCCUGGGUAAAGAAGCAGCAACUGUCUUUUUGCCACUUUUAUCUGCUGACGGCUAAUUCUCUGGUAAGGCUUCCAUGCAGAACGCUUGUAACUGUCUUUUUUGUUGAAGGAAAUGGGAGCAUCUACACAGGCAGUCAAAGUCUUGAUUAACACUACCUUGUCCAGUUUUGCCAGUGUAGAAACUAUAACAAUUGCCAAUGGCCCAACAAUAGCCAUCAUAGCUGACAAUCAUAGGCUAGGCUAACCCACUGCCUGCUAAACUUUCUAAGCGUGGCAACUGCAAUCACUAAACCUGCUUGGUACAAAAGUUGUGAACAUUUUCACACUCUUUGAAAUCUUGGUUUCGACAGACUUGUGCCAACCUCCUCCAGUUCAGAAAGGUAGAUGACUUUCUCACAGAACUACUUGCUGAGUUUCUGUUACUACAGUCAUCACUCCCACCUUUUAGAGGCUUGUUUUAUGCUCAGCUUUUCUGGUAGGGAAUCUAUAUCUAUAUAUCUAGUUAUAUCUAUAUAUAUAUAUUGCCUUGUUAUGUGCCUUUUAGAAUGUAUGAUGCAGAAAUCGUCGUCUAUUGGUUGACUCCAGAAUUCUAUACUCAAUAUUUGCUUCAGUUUUCAUGAUAGUCUCUCUCUAGUUGGUUACUGUCAACAGCUAUGCUUAGGACGAUAUCAUUGUAGAGAUGACGUGCUUUUAGGGAAAUGCUUCUAACUUUUUAAACAGAGCUACUAAUGCUUAUAUGUAAAGAUUAUCUAUUGUUAUGUUAUAGACGCAUCCUCCAGCCAAGGUGAAAAUAUUUGGUGUGAAAGUACCUUUGCCAAACAGUUUUGAACUGGGAAAGAUGAAGUAUAGGUAUGAGAAUACUCUCUCUCUCUCUCUCUCUCUCUCUCUCUCUCUCUCUCUCUCUCUC